AUGUCCGGUUCUGUCAUCAAGACCUUCGCCGAUGAGCGUCUAUUGACUGGCAAACUCGGUAUUUCUUUUUUCCCUAUCUUUCGCUCUGGGGUAGCUGUCAAGGGAAACUCUAUUGUUCUCGAGACAUAUCCCAGCUCCAGACGAUAAAAUUUCCCCGAGGUAAGUUACCUGGGGAAAAAUCGGUCAUACUUAAAAAAUUGAGUUUGCCGAGGUAAACUAUCAACAAGUCGACUUUACCUAGGUAAAAAUUCUGUAGUGUGACCACAGCUAAUGCAAUCAAUUAUUGUUUUAUAGUUUUGUUACUUGUACUCGUGGCUUUCCUUGGUAUAUCUGUACCUUAAAAAAACCAGUUCCAACCUCUCUUUGUUUACUUUCUUUUUUUUUCAUUCAUUUUUCCUUUUUUUUUGAAAAUAGCAAUACCUUUGUUGAUGAGGGGAAAAACUUAGGUGAUGGCAAGAAUUUCCAAUUCAAGCAUGGGUAUAAUACAGAAUGUACUAACUUGAUGGAUGUUGUGAAUUAUUUCACCCUUUUUGGCACUACCCUAAAACAUUUUGUUUGCCUUACAUUACAGCGAACAAGUGUUUGUUUACAAAACUGCAGGAAAGGUAGACAAACUUGCUAAGGUGAUAUACCUGCGACCAAAGGACAGCAAUGACACUAAUGGUAACCCAUUGCUUUCUUUCAUAUUGGAUAAGAAUGUUAAGGAUAGGUUAAUAACUAAAAGUAAGUCUGACAUAGAUUUAAAAUAAAUGUAUUCAUUUUUGAUUUGCCUUUUUUAAUUUGUAGAUAUGUACUCUUCCCUACAACUUUCAAAAAAGUUGUCCUCUUGUAGUAAUGGCAAUGACAUACCACUUCCAGCUGAGACUUCUGUUGGGCAUAACAGCUUCAGUAAACUUACGGUGACCAUUAAUAGUAGUGACCAGUAAUAUUACGAUGACCAUUGAAUAAAUUGCAAUAGAGGAUGAGACCUGGAAGACGAGUGAAGGUUUAUGAUUUCAUAACUAUUAGUAGGUAACUCAACUACUGCAAUUGUUGUUGAUAGUUGAAUUUGAGAUCAUUUUUUGAUAUCAGAGCUCUUACAAUCAUGAUGCAUCAAUAGUUUGAUGUAUUGUUAUAAAUACAGUACAGUGUAUAUGGGCCAUCAUAGGAUUCCUAUAUGCCUUCCUAGCCUGCAAGCAAGCUCUCCUAUUUGGUCGAGCAAAACGGGCCGCGCGAGCAAGCGGCGAAGCUGCGAGGGGCUGGUGAAAGAAGAGCUUGCAACCAUCCCUUACAAAUUUUCAUUUGUACUUCGCCCAGACGAGGGGAAAUACCAUUGGCUGAAAAAUGACGUUCCGGAAAUUAAAGUUGAGUGAUACCAGGCCUAGCAGGCCUACCCUAAAUUUUCCCGGGAAAUGCAGAAACACGAUGUUCUUUUCGCCAAAAACCCGUGUUAUGAGCUCACUCCGAAAAAGAAAACCGGCAGAGGAAGAAAAUCGCUUUCUCCUUCUGUCAUAGACAACUGUCGUCUGUGUGGUUGUUCAUUUAAAGUCAAAUUUGGAUCUCAGGCCCAUCAUUUUGGUGUUAUUCUGGCAAAGCUGUGUGAAAGUGUUGGCUUGCCAGUAAAAUAUUGCGAGGAUAAGUCGAGAUCAGAAACCUUCAUCAGUUGUUUUCGAGUGAAGAGAGAUUCAAGCGCUGCCUUCCAACGUCGGUUUCCUCGCCCGAUCGAAGUCCACUGA